UGCUUGCUGCCUCCGAGCCAUGGCCCUCACGGCAAGUCCUACAAGAGGGAGGGCAGAUUCUGCAUGGCCUGGUGUUGCCCCCAUCGUUCAACGCUGGCACUAGCAGAGUACAAUGGACGAACAGGAGCGCUACAUCCUGGAGCAACUGGAUCCAGUGAUCCAGCGCAUGGUUCAUGCAGUGCUUCGGAAAAAACCCAAAAAUCUCAUGGAUUUCUUGAUCGACUGGCUAGCCAAAGAAGCUGGCCGGAAGCCGGAUCCAAGAUCCCUGAGCAUAAUCAAUGAGCAACUCCGGGCUGAAAUCUCAAGUCUGCAAAAGCUGGAGCAUGAGCUGCGGAAGUCUGCAGAAAGCGAUGAAGAUGAUGAUGUUGAUGAGCUCCCGCCACCUCCGAAAAGGGCAAUGACUGCACGGAGAUCUGUUAGUGCAGAAGUUUACGGAGCUUGGAAUCAGCAGAAGCCUUUUGUGCCACCAAAGCAUCCCAAAACACCUGAUCAAGAAAAGCGAUUGAAGGAGAUUCUAUCGAAACCACAGUUGAUUGUGUUUGAGUCGCUGGAUGAGAAAGACAAAGAUGUGAUUUUACUGGCUAUGGAGAAGCGUUCUUUCAAGCCGCGUGAGCGUAUUAUUCAACAGGGCGACGAUGGUGACUGUUUGUAUGUAGUCGAAGAAGGGCUUGUUGAGUGUAAGGUCUUGCAGAAUGGCGUUGAACAAGUUGUGAAGACAUGCACUCGUGGAGAGGUGUUUGGAGAGUUGGCUUUGUUGUACAAUUGCCCCAGGGCUGCAAGUGUGGAUGCCAAGAGUGAAUGCACAGUGUGGCGACUUGAUAGGGAAACUUUCAAUCACGUUGCAAAGGAUGCUGCUCUGAAGAGAAAUGUGAAACAUGAUGCUUUUUUGCGAAAGGUGAGUUUGUUUGCAUCCCUGAAUGAUCACCAACGUGCCCAAAUUGCGGAUUCUUUAAAGGCUGAGAGGGUUCAGCAAGAUGAUAUCGUGGUAAGACAAGGUGAAGAAGGGGACAAAUUUUACAUCGUCGAGGAAGGGACUUUGGUUGCCUUGAAGAGUGUCAACAAUGGACCAGCCAAGCAAAUGAUGCGAUUUUCAGCCGGAGACUACUUUGGAGAGCUUGCUAUGCUAAAGGAUCAACCCCGUGCAGCCACUAUCAAGGUCACAAGUGACCAUGCUACGAUCUUGUCCAUGGAUAGGGACACCUUCAAAAGACUUCUUGGUCCUUUGGAGCAUUUGAUGUCCAGCCGGUCCAGCAUGUAUUCGGAAGAGCCAAAGUCGCAAAAGCCCGUUUCUGGGGCUGACAAGAAAGCAAUUGCAAACAGUGACGAUGAAGAUGAUGAUGUUGAUGAGCUUCCCCCACCUCCGAAAAGGGCAAUGACUGCACGGAGAUCUGUUAGUGCAGAAGUUUACGGAGCUUGGAAUCAGCAGAAGCCUUUUGUGCCACCAAAGCAUCCCAAAACACCUGAUCAAGAAAAGCGAUUGAAGGAGAUUCUAUCGAAACCACAGUUGAUUGUGUUUGAGUCGCUGGAUGAGAAAGACAAAGAUGUGAUUUUACUGGCUAUGGAGAAGCGUUCUUUCAAGCCGCGUGAGCGUAUUAUUCAACAGGGUGACGAUGGUGACUGUUUGUAUGUAGUCGAAGAAGGGCUUGUUGAGUGUAAGGUCUUGCAGAAUGGCGUUGAACAAGUUGUGAAGACAUGCACUCGUGGAGAGGUGUUUGGAGAGUUGGCUUUGUUGUACAAUUGCCCCAGGGCUGCAAGUGUGGAUGCCAAGAGUGAAUGCACAGUGUGGCGACUUGAUAGGGAAACUUUCAAUCACGUUGCAAAGGAUGCUGCUCUGAAGAGAAAUGUGAAACAUGAUGCUUUUUUGCGAAAGGUGAGUUUGUUUGCAUCCCUGAAUGAUCACCAACGUGCCCAAAUUGCGGAUUCUUUAAAGGCUGAGAGGGUUCAGCAAGAUGAUAUCGUGGUAGGACAAGGUGAAGAAGGGGACAAAUUUUACAUCGUCGAGGAAGGGACUUUGGUUGCCUUGAAGAGUGUCAACAAUGGACCAGCCAAGCAAAUGAUGCGAUUUUCAGCCGGAGACUACUUUGGAGAGCUUGCUAUGCUAAAGGAUCAACCCCGUGCAGCCACUAUCAAGGUCACAAGUGACCAUGCUACGAUCUUGUCCAUGGAUAGGGACACCUUCAAAAGACUUCUUGGUCCUUUGGAGCAUUUGAUGUCCAGCCGGUCCAGCAUGUAUUCGGAAGAGCCAAAGUCGCAAAAGCCCGUUUCUGGGGCUGACAAGAAAGCAAUUGCAAACAGUGACGAUGAAGAUGAUGAUGUUGAUGAGCUUCCCCCACCUCCGAAAAGGGCAAUGACUGCACGGAGAUCUGUUAGUGCAGAAGUUUACGGAGCUUGGAAUCAGCAGAAGCCUUUUGUGCCACCAAAGCAUCCCAAAACACCUGAUCAAGAAAAGCGAUUGAAGGAGAUUCUAUCGAAACCACAGUUGAUUGUGUUUGAGUCGCUGGAUGAGAAAGACAAAGAUGUGAUUUUACUGGCUAUGGAGAAGCGUUCUUUCAAGCCGCGUGAGCGUAUUAUUCAACAGGGUGACGAUGGUGACUGUUUGUAUGUAGUCGAAGAAGGGCUUGUUGAGUGUAAGGUCUUGCAGAAUGGCGUUGAACAAGUUGUGAAGACAUGCACUCGUGGAGAGGUGUUUGGAGAGUUGGCUUUGUUGUACAAUUGCCCCAGGGCUGCAAGUGUGGAUGCCAAGAGUGAAUGCACAGUGUGGCGACUUGAUAGGGAAACUUUCAAUCACGUUGCAAAGGAUGCUGCUCUGAAGAGAAAUGUGAAACAUGAUGCUUUUUUGCGAAAGGUGAGUUUGUUUGCAUCCCUGAAUGAUCACCAACGUGCCCAAAUUGCGGAUUCUUUAAAGGCUGAGAGGGUUCAGCAAGAUGAUAUCGUGGUAAGACAAGGUGAAGAAGGGGACAAAUUUUACAUCGUCGAGGAAGGGACUUUGGUUGCCUUGAAGAGUGUCAACAAUGGACCAGCCAAGCAAAUGAUGCGAUUUUCAGCCGGAGACUACUUUGGAGAGCUUGCUAUGCUAAAGGAUCAACCCCGUGCAGCCACUAUCAAGGUCACAAGUGACCAUGCUACGAUCUUGUCCAUGGAUAGGGACACCUUCAAAAGACUUCUUGGUCCUUUGGAGCAUUUGAUGUCCAGCCGGUCGAACACCUACAAGUAAUUUGCACAGCGAGUGCGGAGCAAGCAAUGACUUGCACGAACGACGGCCAAUGCACCAUCAUGUUCAAAA